AUGGCUGGUAAUUUUUGGCAAAGCUCACAUCACCAACAAUGGAUAUUAGAUAAACAGGACUUAAUCCGGGAUCGUCAACACGAUUUAAAUAUUUUGACAGAGGAGGAAUAUCAGAAAAUAUUUAAUUUCUUUGCGAGUAUAAUCCAAAUCCUUGGUGAACAACUGAAGCUACGACAACAAGUAAUUGCAACAGCAACAGUUUAUUUUAAAAGAUUCUAUGCGAGGAAUUCCUUGAAGUGCAUAGAUCCAUUGCUUUUAGCACCUACAUGUGUAUUUCUUGCAUCGAAGGUCGAAGAAUUUGGUGUUAUAUCUAAUUCUAGGUUAAUAACUACUUGCCAAACAGUUAUCAAAAAUAAAUUUAGUUAUGCUUAUGGACAACAAGAGUUUCCAUAUAGGACUAAUCAUAUUUUAGAAUGUGAAUUCUAUCUCUUAGAGAAUCUCGAUUGUUGCCUUAUUGUAUAUCAGCCUUAUAGACCACUUUUAUUGUUUGUACAAGAUAUAGGACAAGAUGAACAGUUAUUAACAUAUGCUUGGAGAAUUGUAAAUGACUCCUUGAGAACUGAUGUCAGUUUGCUUUACCCUCCAUAUCAGAUUGCAAUAGGUGCAUUACAUAUAGCAUGUGUAAUGCUUGGCAAAGAAAAUCUAAAACCUUGGUUUGCUGAACUGAAUGUUGACAUGGAUAAGAUUCAGGAAAUUGUGAGAUCCAUUAUAAAUCUAUAUGAGAUGUGGAAAAGUUAUGAUGAAAAGAAAGAAAUACAAGUAUUGUUGGGAAAAAUGCCAAAGCCUAAGCCAGCACCCCAAAGAUAA